CUGGCCCCGCUCCUGGCCCGGCUGCUGUCGCCCGGCUCGGUGCUGCUCCUAAGCGCCCGCAGUGACGACGCGCUGCGACAGCUGGAGGCCGAGCUGAGCGCCGGGCGGCCUGGGCUGCGCGUGCUGCGGGUGCCCGCCGACCUGGGCUCGGACGCCGGCUUGCGGCAGCUGCUCGGGGCCCUACGCGAGCUGCCCAGGCCCGAGGGCCUGCAGAGACUGCUGCUCAUCAACAACGCGGGCACUCUUGGAGAUGUUUCCAAAGGCUUCCUGAACCUGAGUGACCCCGAUGAAGUGAACAACUACUGGGCUCUGAACUUGACCUCCACGCUCUGCCUGACCUCUGGUGUUUUGAAGGCCUUCUCCGACAGUCCUGGCCUCAGCAGAACAGUAGUUAACAUCUCAUCCGUCUGUGCCCUGCGGCCCUUCAAGGGCUGGGCAUUGUACUGUGCAGGGAAGGCUGCCCGUGACAUGAUGUUCCAAGUCCUGGCCAAAGAGGAGCCUAGCGUGAGGGUACUGAGCUAUGCCCCAGGGCCCCUGGACACAGACAUGCAACAGUUGGCCCGGGAAACCUCUGUAGACCCAGAUUUGCGGAAGAGCCUGCAGGAGCUGAAGGCGAAGGGGCAGCUGGUGGACUGCAGAUUGUCAGCCCAGAAACUGCUGAGCUUGCUGCAAACAGACACGUUCGAGUCUGGAGCUCAUGUGGACUUCUACGAUCAAUAAGCCCAUGUCCUUGGCUUCCUGGGCCCCCCUGGCCUCACAUUCUGCCAUAGCAGCCCCGCAACCCUGCCUAAUACAAAUAAGCACUCAUGCCUACCGCCCUGCCUUUGUGUACAGCCAGCUCGGAAUGACUGGCAUUACCAGCCCUCCAGAGUCUGGGUUGUGUAGCCUGGGUGAUGAAGCUGCUGUAGGAGGCUGGGAGAGAGGUUAUGGGUGUUGGUGUUCUCUCUCCCUAAUAGAAUUUUAAGGAUGCAAACAGCAGCUGAAAGACUGUAGAGAAAAGUUUGGGUCUCUUGUGUAUGGCCAGUCCAUGGGGGUGAGCGGGGAGAGAUUGGGUGUGAAAAAGGAGGAUCCAUGUAGAUUCACAGGUGACCUGGAGGGGUGGGGGGACACAUAGCAAGUUCCAAACCACAUGGAUGCCACUUGCUCAGGGUAGUGACACCUUCUGUUGAUCUUUGUGUCCUCAUUCGGGUCUUCUUCCCCCAGAACCUUCCAUCCCUCUCGCUGCUGGGCAUGGCAAAGCCAGUUACAAAUACAUUGUGCAUUAACUCCUGCUUCCUCCUUUUCUAGGAGGCCUGUGAGGUUCCCUAUGCCUGAGGCUGCUCCUGAGGCCAUAACCCAAACUUAGGGUGUUGCCCUUACUUCCUGAGGAGUUCUUUCAGGCUCUUGCCUUCCUGUCACCAAGACCCACUCAGUGGCAAGCCUGGGUCCAAAGAAAGUUGUCCUACAUGGAGAUGCUGAGACACCUAUUCCUCCUUCAUGCUGUUACCCACACUGACCCAAGUCUUUACUAUUCUUUCCUCACUUCAGGGCUCAACACAGCCUGCUCUCCGUCUGGCCCUCACAGGUGGGGCCUUUCCCAGGCAUCCCUUUGGAUUCUUAAUUCUGCCCCUUGCCCACGUGAAAGUGCUCCUCCUGGAUCUCGGCUCCCAUCCUGGCAUUGUCUGUCUGGUCCAUGAUCCUGCUUCUCAGUGGAGUGGGUUAGGACCAACAUAUUUUCAGGGGAGAUGGACAGGAUUCCAAGAAGAAGAAAGCCACUCCUGCCAGCAGGCAGAUGUGAGCUGGGCUGGGAGCCUUCCACAGCAAUGGUCUGCAGCCAGCCACUUGGCCCCUGGCCCAUAUUUGGGAAGAGAGAGCACAGUUCCCUGCCAGCAGAUGCCAGGACUCUGAUAGCAUCUGAUUGUGUAGAUAGAAGUGCCCUGAUCCUCCCUUGCCCAGCAGAGGGCACACUGAGGCUGUGCCUCCUGGAGAAGUAGCAGCUACUCUUGCUGGAAGGCUGGAACUGGCAGUGCCCUGCGGGGUCCCUAAGGAAUAAAACCUGCAGACCAGAGCCACCCCCUUUCUGAAGUAAAUAGCACUGGGUUUAGAUCCUUCCCCGCCACUUACUAGCUGGCAGCCUAGGCCAAGUUGUUUCUCUGUGCCUCAGUGUCCUCUGAAAACUGGAGAUUAAAAUACGCCUAUGUCAU